AUGCAGCUGUUCAGUGCUCAACUCGCUGUAGCAGGACUACGCCGAUCGAACCGUGCCCGGUUGUGGGCCAUAAGCAGAAAUGGCUUUGCAAGCCAGGUCGAGUACAAACCCAUACGAUCCGUACUGGUUGCGAAUCGUGGUGAAAUUGCUAUUCGAGUGUUUCGUGCUUGUACAGAGCUGGGAAUCCGUUCUGUUGCCGUGUACUCCGAACAGGACAAAAUGCACAUGCACCGUCAGAAGGCGGACGAAUCGUACAUGGUGGGAAAAGGGCUGGCCCCAGUUGAAGCAUACCUGAGCAUUCCGGAAAUUAUUCGAGUCUGCAAGGAAAACGAUGUCGAUGCCGUACAUCCCGGUUACGGAUUCUUAUCAGAACGAUCUGACUUUGCACAAGCCGUAAUUGAUGCAGGAUUACGAUUCAUUGGCCCAUCGCCCAAAGUAGUACAACAAAUGGGAGACAAGGUGGCCGCGCGUAAAGCUGCGAUUGAAGCGGGAGUUCCUAUUGUACCGGGUACUGACGGGCCGGUGACUACCAAAGAGGAGGCAGUGGAGUUUUGCCGCAAACAUGGUCUGCCCGUCAUUUUCAAAGCAGCAUACGGUGGAGGUGGUCGUGGUAUGCGCGUCGUACGUAAAAUGGAUGAAGUUGAAGACAAUUUUAUGCGAGCCAGCUCGGAGGCAAAGGCCGCGUUCGGCAACGGAGCAAUGUUCAUCGAAAAGUUCAUUGAGCGACCGCGUCACAUCGAGGUACAGUUACUCGGUGACAAAGCAGGUAAUGUUGUCCAUUUAUAUGAGCGUGAUUGUUCCGUGCAACGACGCCACCAGAAGGUUGUUGAAAUUGCCCCAGCACCGCGGCUUUCGAUUGAGGUACGAGACAAAAUGACCGAAUAUGCGGUACGUUUAGCGCGCCACGUGGGUUAUGAAAAUGCCGGUACGGUUGAAUUUCUGUGUGAUGAAUCGGGCAACUUUUACUUCAUUGAAGUGAACGCCCGACUGCAGGUGGAACACACCGUUACUGAAGAAAUUACCGGCAUUGAUCUGGUACAGUCACAAAUUCGUGUUGCUGAGGGUAUGACUCUGCCAGAGCUGGGUUACACACAGGAAAACAUCAAACCACAAGGAUACGCCAUUCAGUGCCGUGUAACGACGGAAGAUCCAGCGAAUGACUUUCAACCCAACACCGGUCGUUUGGAAGUGUUUCGUUCCGGUGAAGGUAUGGGCAUCCGUUUGGACAGUGCGUCGGCGUAUGCAGGUGCCAUCAUUUCGCCGUACUACGAUUCACUGCUGGUUAAAGUCAUUUCGCACGCCUCCGAUUUACAGUCAUCCGCAGCGAAGAUGAAUCGUGCUUUGCGCGAGUUCCGUAUCCGUGGUGUUAAAACAAACAUUCCAUUCUUGCUUAAUGUGCUUGAAAAUCAGAAAUUCCUCAACGGCGUGCUUGACACGUACUUUAUCGAUGAACAUCCGCAACUGUUCCGAUUUGCCAAGUCGAAGAAUCGUGCCCAGAAGCUGCUUAACUACCUUGGGGAAGUGCUGGUAAAUGGUCCUACAACACCUUUAGCCACAAAACUAAAGCCCGCUGAAGUGCAGCCACACGUGCCUCAGCUGCCAUUGGAUCUCUCACCGGAGGCACUGGCCGAGGAAGAAGAGGGUACAAGAAAAGUUACAGAGCCACCGCGUGGUUUCAAACAAAUUCUACAAGAGCAAGGUCCGGAAGGGUUCGCUAAGGCGGUACGGAAACAAAAGAGCCUACUCCUGAUGGACACAACGUUCCGUGAUGCUCAUCAAUCGCUUUUGGCCACCCGUGUACGAACACAUGAUCUGUUAAAGAUUUCUCCGUUUGUGGCGAACAAAUUUAACAACUUGUACGCGCUAGAAAACUGGGGCGGUGCCACCUUUGACGUAGCGCUCAGAUUCCUGCACGAGUGUCCAUGGGAACGGUUGGAAGAAAUGCGCAAGCAGAUUCCCAACAUUCCGUUCCAAAUGUUAUUGCGUGGUGCGAACGCCGUCGGAUACACCAACUACCCCGACAAUGUGGUUUACAAAUUCUGUGAACUAUCGGUACAAUGCGGAAUGGACAUUUUCCGUGUGUUUGACUCGUUGAACUAUUUGCCAAAUUUAAUCCUCGGUAUGGAAGCAGCCGGAAAUGCUGGUGGCGUGGUGGAAGCCGCCAUCUCGUACACAGGAGAUGUUAGCGAUUCGAAAAAAACAAAGUAUGACUUGAAAUACUACACCAACCUGGCAGAUGAGUUAGUAAAGGCAGGAACACACGUCCUCUGUAUCAAAGACAUGGCCGGAUUGCUAAAACCUCAGGCAGCAAGGUUGCUAAUAUCGGCUAUUCGAGAAAAACAUCCAGAUGUACCGAUUCAUAUUCACACACACGACACCUCAGGAGCAGGUGUAGCUUCGAUGUUAGCAUGUGCAGAAGCUGGAGCAGAUGUAGUUGACGUCGCGGUCGAUUCCAUGUCAGGAAUGACAUCGCAGCCCAGCAUGGGAGCUGUAGUUGCGUCACUGCAGGGCACCAAUCUCGACACUGGACUGGGAUUGCCUGAUAUUAGUGAAUAUUCUGCCUACUGGGAGCAAACGCGUACACUAUACGCUCCCUUCGAGUGCACAACUACGAUGAAAUCGGGCAAUGCCGACGUUUACAUGAACGAAAUCCCUGGCGGCCAGUACACGAAUCUGCAGUUCCAAGCAUACUCACUGGGAUUAGGAGAUUUCUUUGAAGACGUCAAAAAGGCAUACCGCGAGGCCAAUCUAUUGCUGGGUGAUAUAAUCAAGGUUACACCUUCAUCUAAGGUCGUUGGUGACUUGGCCCAGUUCAUGGUACAGAACCACCUGACAGCCGAACAAGUGCUGGAUCGAGCGGAGGAACUUUCCUUUCCCAAGUCCGUUGUCGAGUUCCUGCAAGGAGCUAUCGGCACCCCGCACGGUGGUUUCCCGGAACCACUGCGAUCACGUGUGCUUAAGGAUAUGCCACGCAUAGAGGGACGCCCUGGUGCACAGCUCGCUCCUCUCGACUUCGAUGCACUCAAAAAAUCGCUUCAGGAAUCUCAUCCCGAUGUGAAAGAUCGUGAUGUCAUGUCGGCCGCACUCUAUCCACAAGUUACGAACGAUUUCCUUAACUUCCGUGACACAUUCGGUCCGGUAGAUAAGCUAAACACUCGCGUCUUCCUAACCGGUCCGAAGGUGGGCGAAGAAUUCGAGGUCACGAUCGAGAAAGGUAAAACUCUCGGCUUUAAGACGCUAGCCAUGGCCGAAGAUCUUACCACUAACGGUGAACGUGAAGUAUUCUUCGAGCUAAAUGGUCAGCUGCGUUCCGUACUAAUUCGCGACAAGGAAGCUGUCAAGGAAUUGCAUAUUCAUCCCAAGGCAACAAAGGGCAACAAGAAUGAAGUUGGAGCACCGAUGCCUGGCUCUGUUAUUGAAAUUAAGGUGAAAGUUGGAGAUCACGUAGAGAAGGGCCAACCGCUGGUUGUACUAUCGGCAAUGAAGAUGGAAAUGGUCGUCCAGUCGCCCCGUGCCGGUGUGGUAAAAACACUGGACAUUAGCAGCGGCAUGAAGCUGGAAGGAGAAGACCUACUACUGACCCUUGAAUGA